AGGCCCGAAGGCGAGGUAAUCGACGCGUCAGAAGAUACCAACGAAAAGGAGUGGGAAAUCGAACGGGUAAUUUCCUCGCGGGUGCUACGAGGUAUGUUUCAGUACCAAAUCCAGUGGAGAGGCUGGGACCCCGACCCGGAGUUCUACGACGCGGAAGGAUUUAAGAACGCGGUUGUGCAAUUGCGACAAUACCAUAACGCCUACCCCGACAAGGCCGGCCCUCCCAUGCGCCUAGAGGCCUGGGAAAAGGCAGCCCUCGAGGAUCGGUUCGACCCGCCCGACGAGUACGACAACGCCCCGGCUACGGGGAACAGCACAGCCCGCAGAUUGCGACGUCGCCGGUGA